AUGGAGUCUGUCGAUGAAAAACGAACGGAUUCAAGUGAUAGCACACAACGCGUAGCGAUCAUCUCAGCAAUUAUAUCGAUGGUGUGUGUUGCACUUACGGUAAUCGCAAUACCGGCACUUUACUAUCGAUUGGAUCAAGCACAGAGAAGGCUCAAUGAUCGAAUGGAGGCCUUUAAGUUCACAUCGAGAGGUCUGUGGCAAGAUAUAGUCAUCGUUCAAAGUCACGCAAGAGCAAAACGUGAACAACGUAUGCUUGAAAACGACGAACAAGGACAGUGUACCAGCUGUGUUCAGCUAAAAUGUCCACCUGGACCACCUGGUCCACCAGGUGUCGACGGUGAGCCAGGAGUUGAUGGCGAAGUGGGAAGACCAGGAAAACCGGGACUGGAUGGUUUGGAUAUACCACUUGAUCCUGAGCCAGGCUCACCGUGUGUCAUUUGUCCAGCAGGACCGCCAGGAAAUCGUGGGCCGCAAGGUGAACCUGGUCGUACAGGAGCACGUGGAGAUCCUGGCCUACCUGGCUUACCGGGAAGGCCGGGUAAACCUGGACGUGUCGGUGAUACAGGCCCUCCGGGACCUCCAGGAGAGCCUGGUGAACCUGGAAUUAAGGGACCUCCCGGUGACGACUCCAUAGGUGGAACGGGAAUCAAAGGGCCACCAGGUCCUCCAGGACCACGCGGUCCAAAAGGACCUCCAGGUCCGAACGGUUUACCGUCAAGCAAUUACGGCCCACAAGGGCCGAGGGGAGAAAUGGGACCAACAGGACCACCUGGGAAACGAGGCGAACACGGACCUCCGGGCCCACCUGGUGCACCUGGAGAGGCCGGCGAGCCUGGUGGACACUGCCCGUCUAGCUGUGGUGUCCAGCAACUGGUUGGUCCGUCGAUUACUGAUCUGGAUACCUCAGAUGAUUAUGUGAUGAUGCGCGGACACGGAAUACCCUAA